UGAUGUACCACUGGUUGAAUUUAUAAAUCCAAAUGAAACAAAUAUAACUCAAAGCAUUCCAAGUCAAUCCCGAAGUCAUAAUUCAGGAAAUAUUUCUUCCUCAAUAUCACCCUCAAUAACGUUAAACAAUGAUGAUGACAUUUUCUCUCAUGAUCACGGUGACCAGCAAGAGAAUACUAUGCCUUCAUUUCUUAGUAGAAGAGUAACAACUGGAUCUGAUGAUAAUGAAGAGAAUUAUGUCGAAAUGACAAAUAUUUCCAAACGUUUAAGCUUAACCAGUGAGUUUGCAUUCGACAACAUUGAUGAUAGUGAUACGGCCAAACUAACUAAAAAUCUGGUGGAUUACUCGUCAGAAAAGAAAUAUAAGCAAAUAUCUUUUGACCAUGAUGAAGAUAACUCUCACGACCCCAAUCUACUCGAUCGUAUACCUUCAUUCAACCAAUUCAGAAGGUUAAGUAGGAUGGUUACUAGAGCUUCUUCUCGUGUUGUUAACUUGGCAAAUGUUCCACUUGAUCAACUUUCAAAAGAAGGUGACCUAUCAGAAGAAAAGAUCCUCUCUAUUACUCGGGAAAGAAAUUCUAAUUUAUCAGAAAGAGGUAGAUCAUUAGAAAAUCCUCCAAAAGUUGUAAAAAAUAAAUCAAUAUUGGAAGGUCGAUCCCUAUAUAUAUUUGGCCCAGAUAAUCCUGUGAGAUUGGUCUUUUACGAAAUUUUGAGUAAUCCAGCGACGGAAACUUUUAUACUAUUUUUAAUUGUGGCCAAUAUCAUACUAUUGGUUAUUGAUGCGUGGGAUACAGUCAGCCCUGAUAACCCUCGAAGAACCACAUGGGGAAGCUCUUUCGUUGACUAUGGAUUAUUGGUCAUAUUCAUUUUAUACACGUUAGAGAUUAUUGCUCGAAUAGUCGUAUCUGGUUUUAUCAUCAACCCUGAUAAUAAUGGUGAGUCGUUUGAGACGACUCCUCAGGCAAAAACAAAACCAUCCUCAAUUACAUCAACGAAUAAUCAAAAAGGGCAAUUCCUACCCGGUACUAAACGAUCUAUUUUUAAAGCUGCAUUCCUUCGACACAGUUUUAACAGAAUAGAUUUGGUAGCGAUUAUAUGUUAUUGGAUUGAUUUAGUGUUAACGUUUUAUGGAGUAUCACAUGUUUAUGUAUUUAAAGCCUUAUCUACUUUAAGGAGUCUUAGAUUAUUAACUGUUACAAGUGGUGGCUCUACUAUUCUACAAUCUUUAAAAACAAGCGCUCCUUUAUUAGCUAAUGUGAUGACUUUUAUUAGUUUCUUUUUUGUCAUCAUUAGUAUUAUUGGUAUUCAAGCUUUCAAGGGCUCAUUUAGGAGACAAUGUGUAUGGGUAGAUCCAAGUGGAAAUUCCAAUUUUACACUUACACAACAAUGGUGCGGUGGAUACAUUGGACAAGAUGGCAAUCAUUAUCCAUAUAUACCAACAGAGGUUAUCCCAUUACAAAAACCAAUCCCUAAAGGUUACCUUUGUCCUGUUGGACAAGAAACCGCGAAUCCAUACAACAAUAUGGUGUCUUAUGAUAAUAUUUUUUCUGCAAUGAUCCUAACUUUUGUGCUCGCUGCAACUCAAAAUUGGACCGAUCUUUUAUACAGAACAAUGGAUACUGAUUAUGGAUGGUCUACUUUAUACUUUGUAUUAUCUCUCCUUAUUUUAAAUUUCUGGCUGAUUAACUUGUUUGUUGCCGUGAUCGUUGCUGUAUUUGAAAAAAUUCGUGAAGAAACUUCUCAUUCUGCAGCUGCACCAGUAUUGUUGGAUGAUGAAGGAAAAUGGACGUUAAAGGAUCAUAAAAAAGUUGAAACAAAUCGACUAGGCAUAAUAAUGAAAAAAAUAAAAUACUUGUUUGUCUUUUUUAUAUUCAUCGACUUAUUUAUCAUGGGAUGUAGAACUUUUGAUAUUUCUCCUGGCACAGCAAUGUUUAUAGAUCGAGCCGAACUAGUUUUCACAUUAAUUCUUGCGGCAGAGAUUAUUUUGAGAUUUUUUUCUUAUGCUCCAAAAUAUCGGUUUUUUUUUCGUUCACGAGCGAAUACUUUUGACCUAUUUCUUGUCUUAGUUACAUGUUUUAUACAAAUUCCACCUAUCAAGUCUUCCAAUGCGUAUCCUUAUUUAACAAUAUUUCAAAUAGUUCGAGUAUAUCGUAUUGUUGUCGCGAUUCCUCGUCUAAAGAAUGUGUUG